AUGGAAACUCAAUUAGCAGAAAGGAGAGAUAUUUUCAAUUUGUUGAAGGUGUUAGAUGAAUUAAAGCAUUUGAAAAGAACUGGAUGGACGAGAUUUAAUAUUCCGGAACCGGAAACAGUAGCUUGUCAUAUGUAUCGUAUGGCAGUGCUUGCAAUGCUGGUGGGUGAUGAUUGUGAUCGUUCUAAAUGUAUCAGAAUGACAUUGGUACACGAUCUAGGUGAAGCUAUUAUAGGCGAUAUUACUCCACACUGUGGUAUUUCGACUACAGAGAAACAUCGAUUGGAAGAUGACGCUAUGAAGAAAAUUACGGAGAUGAUACCGUCAACGGUUGGCGAAGACUGGUAUUCUUUGUGGCAAGAGUAUGAAGGUAAUGAAACUAAAGAAGCUAAAAUUGUCAAACAUUUGGAUAAAUUCGAUAUGAUCGUUCAAGCUUUUCAUUACGAACAAAAGUAUGGCGCAGCUUUAAACAUGGGAAAAAGAAAAAGAGCUGAUGGUGAUUCAGUUGUCGAUGAAAUGGAUUCGAGCGAUACAACGUUAAGUUUGAAUGUUGUUGCAUCGGCUAAUUUUUGCAAUACGAGUAAAGAUGAGUAUGAUGUUUGGCUAGUCAGGAAGCCGACAAGGAUCCCAUUAAAUGAUUUAUCGUCGAUUAAGUUUCCUCACAAAGCAAAAAAUCGAAUACGGGUUUCAGUUCCAUCUCGAUUGGAUGCAGUACCAUUGAACUGUCAUUUUCGUUAUCUUGCUUUACCUCACGUCUAUAUUCCAACCAGUGGAAUCAGAACUCAAAAGGAUGCUAUGAUGCUUAAAGCCACAAAUUUGGUGAAAGGAAUUGUGCUAGUGAACGAGAAACUUGAUUUGUUAGAUGGUGCUGCAAUUCUCACGAAUAAUGAUGGUAUUACUGUUAAACAAGAACCUGGUAGGUUGUUGGAAAGUGGAAUACAUGAUAUGAAUUUCAAAAUUAAUUCAGUUCGCAAAAAGCCUCGAUUACCAGCUGACAAUGCAAAACAACGAUUGAAACCAUUUGGAAUUAUUCCUAAAAAGAAGAGCAAAAAUUACAAGCUUCCAAAUUUGAUCAGUUCUUAG